AUGGCUGAAGCCGCAGCUGCCGCGCCGAACGUAGCCACAUUCAAGCUCGUCCUGGUCGGAGAUGGUGGUACUGGAAAGACGACCUUCGUGAAGCGUCAUCUUACUGGCGAGUUCGAAAAGAAAUACAUCGCAACUCUAGGUGUCGAGGUCCACCCACUCGGCUUCACAACUAACCUGGGCCCUAUCCAAUUCGAUGUCUGGGACACCGCCGGCCAGGAGAAGUUUGGUGGUCUUCGUGAUGGAUAUUACAUCAACGGGCAGUGUGGCAUCGUUAUGUUCGACGUGACGUCCCGUAUCACAUACAAGAAUGUACCGAACUGGCACCGUGACCUUGUCCGCGUCUGCGAGAACAUUCCUAUCGUGCUCACUGGCAACAAGGUCGACGUCAAGGAGCGCAAGGUCAAGGCAAAGUCCAUCACUUUCCACCGCAAGAAGAACUUGCAGUACUACGAUAUUUCGGCCAAGUCGAAUUACAACUUCGAGAAGCCCUUCCUCUGGCUCGCCCGGAAACUUGUUGGUAACCAGACUUUGGAAUUUGUCGCUGCGCCCGCCUUGGCCCCCCCAGAAGUCCAGGUCGACCAGGCUGUUCUCGAACAAUACCAAAAGGAGAUGGCGGACGCCGCCCAAAUGCCUCUGCCCGACGAGGACGACGCAGACUUGUAGAUAUAGUCGCGUGAAACCCUUCCAGCCAUUCCCGCGGCUGCGAGGACGUCACGAAUAGUAUGGCACGGUUAUGGAACUUGGCAACGUCCACUGGGAGCAGAGAGAGAGAGAGAGUGUGUGUGUGUGUGUGUGCGUCACAAGCUGGGUGACUGAGCUUAUGGGGGGAACUUUGGGGGAUACAUGAUACAGGGAGGAACCAUUGGUGAUUUUUCAUUG